AAUGUUGUAUCGUUAUGCACUCUUUGCUGUCUGUGGAUAAUUUCACAGACACUCGGGCAAAUAGCUUCAGCUAACAAACAGUUGAAAAUAUCUAUGCCGCUUGUGGAAACAUCUUCGCCCGACCAAUACAUAUGCUAUGCAUACCCGCUUACAACAGAAGAAGAUAUUUAUGUAUUGAGUUCGUUGACGGAGGCGGACAAAUCGUUGGCCCAUCACGUGACUACAGGAGUUUGUGAGGAGCCAACGUUCACAGGAACUACCUGGGACUGUACAAAAUCGCAAGGACAUACUUGCAAAGGCGACGCGGUCAAUUUUGGUCUUUGGGAUGAAUUUUCAAAUGCUAAAGACAACGGCGCCUUCAAGCUUCCAGAAGGAGUAUCACUGAGGCUUGGACCACGAACCAAUCUGAAGUAUUUCCUCAUUCAGGUCCAUUUUAUGAAUCCUGUUGAAACUCCAAGAAUGUCAGCUGCCAAUGUGACUCUGGAAUUCACAACAAAUCCGUAAGUUUAAUACAAAUGUUUUGUUUCAUAACUGGCGUAAGAUUCGAUAUAUUGUAACACCAUCUACC